ACACUAGUUCCCACUAAUGACGAAUUUAUAUAUCGUUAAACAUCCGAAACAGUGUGUUGGUGUCAGUAUGUAGAAGAUAAAUCAUACGAUACGACACAAUAGGUCGCUAUUUUGAUAGAAGAUGUUUGCUUUUUAACAUGAAUGAACCCAAGCGGACCGGAACACUUUUGAUCUUCGUGCCUGUCGCGCUGUGAUGACGUAACAACGCCUGGUUUUUGUAUUGUUUUGGUCGCCUUGUCCAGGAUCCAGUCUGAAAGUAUUCGGUUUUUAGAUCAAACUGCAGGAGGAGUGAUGGAAGAGCAGAGCGCCUCUCCCGGAGUCAACACCGAUAACGGCAGCCAGAAGAAUGGAGACGAGCAGAAGCCACGCAGGAGCAGCUGGACCAAAGGGAGGAAGAGGAAGAAGCCGAUGAAGGACAGCAACGCGCCUAAAGCCCCGUUAACGGGGUACGUGCGGUUCAUGAACGAUCGGCGGGAGCAGCUCAGGGCUGAGAGACCGGACGUUCCCUUCCCAGAGAUCACCAGGAUGCUGGGGAACGAGUGGAGCAAACUGCCCCCUGAGGAGAAACAGCGCUACCUGGACGAGGCAGAGAAGGAUAAGGAGCGUUACAUGAGGGAGCUGGAGAAGUAUCAGCAGACAGAAGCGUAUAAGCAUUUCAAGAGGAAGGUGCAGGAGAAGCAGAAGGGAAAGCGUCUCCGAGCAGAUGUGGGCCGGCAGGCUGCCAGAGAAGCUCUUCAUGAGAAUGAUGGAGGUCUGAAGGAUCGCUCAGUGUUUGAUAUUCCAAUCUUCACUGAGGAGUUUCUCAACCACAGCAAAGCGCGCGAGGCAGAGCUGCGGCAGUUGCGCAAGACCAACAUGGAGUACGAGGAGAGGAACGCAGCGCUGCAGAAACACGUGGAGAGCAUGCGCAGCGCUGUGGACCGCCUGGAGGGAGACGUGAUGCAGGAGCGCACCCGCAGCAGCCUGCUGCAACAACACCUGGACCAGCUGCGCUCGGCGCUCACACACAGCUUCUCCAGCGUCCCGCUGCCUGGCAGCGGAGAGACAGCCAGUCUGGACUCCAUCGAUUCCUACAUGAAGAAGCUCCACAGCAUCGUGAUGUCCAACCCUCAGGAGCACGAGCACCUCAUUAGCUUGGUGCGAGACGUGGUCACGUGCCUCGACAGGUAAUGGACGAGUCCUGAUCGGAACGCCGCGCUGCCAAAUCCCUGAUUCUCCACCGUAUCUCCCGUCUUAAUCUUUUCAUUUUUUAUGACUUGCUUUAGUUCUCACGGUUCUUCAAACAACGAUUAUUUAUUUUCUAGUGCCAUUUUUUUCCCCUCUGAUAUUUUCUUCCUCUCUAGUAGCUAACAAUCGGUAUUUAUCAAUGCCUACUCUUUAUUUUUUUAUAGGAAAGACAGGAAAUGGGUCGAAAAGUUGAUUCGCUUCUGUUUCUUUGUUCUGUUUGUCUCGAUUUUAGAUAUAAAAAAAAAAAGAAACGAUCUUUUAUAUUUCACUUUCUCGAGUUUCCGCCGUAGUUCCACGUGUUUGUGUUGUUUUCCAUUCGCCUCUGUGCUGGCGUUACGUACGUGUGUGAACUCAUCCAUCAAUAAAUUGCAUUUACAGUAA